AGAAACUGGAAGAUGUCUACAUAUUAGAAUUAAACGAAAAAAAAAUAGCUGUAUCCAGUGUUGUCAGUGAGGAAAUGAUUAGACUACGAGAACAUUCUCUUUUGCAUUCUUGUGUUCCAAUUCUAAGUAAUAUUCUAGAAGAUUUCAAAAUUGUCUAUCACAAUUGCAGGUCUCUUCAUUUGCAUAUUAAAGAUUUGAUAACUGAGAAAAAUAUGCUUGAUAGUGACAUUGUUGCUGUUGCAGAGAGUAGAUUUGUGCAAUCUGAUAAAAAUGAUGAAUAUUCAAUUCCAGGCUUUAGAAUUUACAGGUUUGAUGAUGAACAUAAUCAAGAUGCAAGAAUUAGGACAUGCAGAGGAAUUGUUUUGUAUUCUAAGAUAGACUUUCAACACUUGCAGAGAAUAUCAUUGGGUGUUGCUACUGAAGCAGUGCUUGCUUGUUUUUCUCUCUGUGGAAGAAUGCAACAACUUGUCUUCCUUUAUGUAUCACCCCAAAAAGCAAAUCAGACAUGCCUUUGCAAUAUCUUGUGUCACUUGCUUGGCAUUAUUGAUGCUAACAACCCAAUUAUUAUCAUGGGAGAUACCAAUGUUGACUUUUUCAAUCAAACUGCAAUAAGUAAACUCCUUGAACAAAGACAAUUAAGACAAUUAAUUGUGAGUGUCACCACAGAUUAUGGCAGUUGCCUAGAUCAUGUAUAUACAAAUAUCUUAUCAUAUGAUAUUAUAUCUAGUGCAACUUUAGAGUCAUAUUUUUCUGACCAUAAGCCAAUUGUGACAUACUUGUCAAAAGCAUAAUUUUUUUUAUAUCUUAUGAUGUAAAUUUAAACAGUGCAUUUCAGGAUGUCAUUGAUUUCUUACAAAUUUGUUGUUUGAGAAAACAUCUAAGUUAUUCUUAUGUGAAAAUGUUGAAUCUGAUUGUUCAUGUCGCUCAAAAUAGAAAAAACUGAAUCAGAUUGUUUUCCUAAACUGUGUUCUACAAGACACCAGUCUGUAAAUUAAAGCUCUUUUUGACAGACACAAAAGUAGAGUUCCAUAAUAAAAAUAUUGCAGAUAUAUUUAUAGCUAAAGACACUGAUAUAUUCAGUUUGUAUAGUUAAACAAAUCUGAACUCUUCUUUAGAUUUAGCAAAAAGAACAUUUCAAACUUGAUUUAGCACUGGAAACAUGUAGAAAAGCAAUCCUAGGCUGCAUUUUACAAAGAAACUUUAUACUACAAAGUUGCUAAUACUUCCAUUAUUGUGCAAUGAUCUUUAUUAACAAAGUUUAUAUAAAACCAUCAAUUCUAAGCUAUUAUGAUUUCCUUUCUCAAAUAUUAUUGGCAUUAAAAUGAACAUCAAGUACUUUGUAAAUUGUAAGCAUUCAUUGAUUUGGUUGUAACUUGUUUUGUAAAAUGCAUCUCUAAAUUUCAAAUUCUUUCUCGUACAAAUACUUAACUUACUAAUAGUGUACAAAUUAUAUGCUUUACCAACAUGGAAGGAUGUUUAAAUAUGGAAUAUUUAUUUUGUUUUAUUAUCCUUUCAUUUAAGGAUGGCUCAGAAGACAAUUUCUUAGUUAGAAGAAGUACCCUGGUACCAAGCAGUAGGCCAACACCAAUUUCUGUGAGCCUAAUGGCCAAAGUCAUAAAAAUUGGCCAUGUAGCAAAGUUCAAAACCAGUAAUGGGGAAGAAGCUGAGAUGAUAAACUUCAGUUUAGCAGACAAGUCUGGUGCAAUCCUUGCCACCUGCACAGACACAAGUAAAGAUAGAAUGAUCAAAGAAGGAAAAACUCUUCACAUCAGAGAAUUUAUCCUCAAGAACGGCAGAGUGGCAAUGUCCCAUAAAACCAAAGUCUUGGCAAAACCUAACAUGGACAUUCCAGUUGACAUAUUACAAAAAGCAGAACACCUCAUUCUCCCUCCAUCACCUAUCAAAAAAGUAGAAGAGAUUUUAGCAUCUCCACUAAGAUCAAUCACAACCGUACAGGGACAGCUGUCAAAGAUUGAAUCUACUAAAACUGUGAAAGUGAAUGGAACUGACACAGUUAUCAGAACAAUUAGUAUAGAAGAAAAUGGGAAAAAAAUCGAUGUCACACUUUGGCGGAAAAUGGCGGAUGAAGACUUGAAAAUUGGGCAAUAUUUGUCCAUUUCACACUGCAUGCUUAAUGAAUGGCAACUACACAAAAGUCUGAACACAACACGUAAUUCAAAGAUUCAGAUAAUUCAACCACUAACAACAACAGUGAGAGGAAACAUCGACUCCAUAACACUCAAUGACAUUGCAGUGGAAAUUGCCCUGAAAGAAGAUUCCAAAGAAGAAUAUAAGGACUUCUCUGUUGACUUGGCUAUCAUCAGAAGUGUAUUCCCAGAUACUCUUCAAGUAAGAGUUGAAGACCUGGAGAACUACCUCCUUCAGAAACUACCAAUUCUAGUUGAACUAAUUGUUCAAGGAUCGAAUGUACAAAACAUGCACCUGAUUGAACAACCAGCUGGAUGUAUGGACUAUGAUGCUGAACAGUAAAGAACCUACAAUUAUAACUCAACACAUUCUCAGACUGAAAAUGUAACUGAAAUAUUCUGUCAUGACUAUGUACACAUAGUAAGGUAGUGUUGAUUAAUAUGGGGGAAAAACAUUUGAUCCUGUCCUUUUGUUUUGGAUUUUCUGGUUGUUUGUAUCAAAAUUUUGAUUUACAUUCACAAUGUCUCAUACUUUAAAUAUGCUUAAAUAUUCAACAAAUAUUGCAUAUGUGUUGCAUAUAUUGAUAUGCAAGUCAUGCAGCUGUAUCUUGGAUGGUUAGUUAUGUAUUGUAAAAAAUGCAACUGUAUUUUGU